UGUGGGCAUAUAUAGGGCACACAGGCCUGUGGGACUUGCCCAUCUGCCAGCUCUGCUCCUUAGGAUGAAGGUGAUUGUGGGCCCAGACCCAUCACUGGUCUACCGGCCUGAUGUGGAUCCAGAGACAGUCAAAGACAAGAGCAGCUUCCGGAACUACACUUCCGGCCCGCUCCUGGACCGCGUCUUCGCCACCUACAAGCUCAUGCACACGCAUCAAACUGUGGAUUUUGUCAGGAAGAAGCACUCCCAGUUUGGGGGCUUCUCCUACAAAAAAAUGACCGUCUUGGAGGCCGUGGACAUGCUGGAUCGGCUGGUGGACGAGUCGGACCCAGACGUGGACUUCCCCAACUCCUUCCAUGCCUUCCAGACAGCCGAGGGCAUCCGGAAGGCCCACCCUGACAAGGACUGGUUCCACCUCGUCGGGCUCCUGCACGACCUGGGAAAGGUCCUGGUUCUAGCGGGGGAGCCCCAGUGGGCAGUUGUUGGAGACACGUUCCCAGUUGGCUGCCGUCCUCAGGCCUCCGUGGUUUUCCGUGACUCCACCUUCCAGGACAACCCGGACCUCCAGGAUCCUCGAUACAGCACAGAGCUUGGCAUGUACCAGCCCCACUGUGGGCUCAAGAACGUCCUCAUGUCCUGGGGCCAUGACGAGUACAUGUACCAGAUGAUGAAGUUCAACAAAUUCUCCCUCCCCCUGGAGGCCUUCUACAUGAUCAGAUUCCACUCCUUCUACCCAUGGCACACGGGCGGCGACUACCAGCAGCUGUGCAGCGAGCAGGACCUGGCCAUGCUGCCCUGGGUGCAGGAAUUCAACAAGUUUGACCUCUACACCAAGUGCCCUGACCUGCCGGAUGUGGACAAGCUGCGGCCCUACUACCAGGGGCUCAUCGACAAGUACUGCCCCGGCAUGCUGAGCUGGUGACCCGCCUGCCCACCCCACCCAGGCCUGGCCGGGUGCCCCAGGGUGACAGCCACUGUCAGGCACAGUGACAACCCACCCCAGCCUCCCUGGAGGACCCCACACGCCCACUUACAGUGAGCGCUCCUCGUCCAGGGGCAAUAAAGACCUGAAGCAGCU